UAUAAAUUAACUAUGAGUGAUAUAAAUAAUUACUCAGUGUUGGGACGAAUAGGUGAAGGCGCACAUGGACUAGUAUUCAAAGCUCGACAUCUGCCCACAGGACGUGAAGUGGCCUUGAAGAAAAUACUUAUAAAGAACCUGGAAGAUGGAAUCCCUGUGAAUGUUAUGCGGGAGAUCAAAGCAUUGCAGCUGCUACGUUGUAAAUAUGUAAUAAAAUUGUACGACAUGUUUCCCCGAGGCAUGAGUCUAGUGCUGGUGUUGGAGUACAUGUGCUCUGGACUGUGGGAAAUGCUCCACCACAAUCAGCAGGAGAUGACACUGCCUCGCGUCAAAACUUAUGUGCAAAUGCUGUUGAAGGGGACGCGAUAUUUGCACGCACAUUAUGUGAUGCACAGGGAUCUCAAACCAGCGAACCUGCUAAUAAAUCAUGAAGGAAUACUAAAAAUUGCCGACUUGGGACUUGCGCGUCUUUACUGGCCAGACGGCGGGAGACCCUAUUCGCACCAAGUGGCAACAAGAUGGUAUCGCGCUCCGGAGCUGUUAUAUGGAGCGAGGUAUUACAGUGAAAAGGUGGAUAUAUGGGCUGUUGGCUGUAUCAUCGCAGAAAUGAUCACGAAACAACCACUUUUCGCUGGGGAAUCAGAUAUCGAGCAGUUGGCAAUAGUUCUCCAACGCUUGGGAACACCGACCGAGGAGACUUGGCCGAGACAUUCAGAGCUUCCAGAUUAUCACAAAAUUACUUUUCCGGAAUCUUCACCAAUGCCUUGGCCCGAUCUCUUGCCUGGAGUAGACGCCGAUGCAAUCGACUUGAUAAAAUCGAUCAUUAUUUAUGAUGAACAAAAAAGGAUAUCAGCCAAAGAGGCAAUAAGACAUGCAUGGUUUCAAACUAGACCACUGCCAGCGACGUUGGAAGACAUGCCGAGACCAAAAUCGAAAACUAAGUGAAGCUCUAAAAACAGAUAUGGUACUCUAAAACCCCACCAGAACCCAUUGUCAUUUUUUACAAUUAAGACGACGGCGACGCAUGCCUGUAUUUAAAAAAAAAUCAUUAUCAAACAAAAUAAUUCCAAACCUAGAACCAAUGGGGCAUGCUCAUUUCAAGCACGAAAGCAUGCUACUGAGCAGUUGCUACUUAUUAGCAUGUGUAUCGCAAUAUUGCUAAUAAUGAGCAUGCUUAUUUCGAGCUUGCUCAAGAAUCAACAGUCGUUCGAUUUAUGAGCAUACUACUUGCUGCGCGGGUGGAAGGGGGCGCGCUUUUAGCAAAUGUAAACUGAUGAUAAGCAUGCUCGUAUGGAACAUGCUUUUAGCAUGCUAUUUUAGAGCAUAUAUAACAGUACCAGUAAGUAUUUUGGGUCAAUUUGACAUUUGACGCUUAAUGUCUGGUAUGCAAACUGCAAAGUGCGUGUAUGCCGAUUUUUGAUGGCCUACGCCACGCAGCCCAAUCGACCUCACGGUAUUUUUUGUUAAUUAUAUUCUGUCAUCAUCAUCAUCAGCCGAUGGACGUCCACUACUAAACAUAGGCCUCUUGCAUGGACUCCCAAGUACAACGGUCUCGAGCGACCAGCAUCCAGCGGCUCCCUGCAACCCGCUUGAUGUCCUCGGUCCACCUAGUGAGGGUCGACCAACACAACGGUUUCCGGUGCGGGGUUGCCAUUCCAGCACCUUGGGACCCCAACUACCAUCGGCUCUUCGAUAGAUACGCUUAUGAUCACUUCAGCUUCGGGACUCGCUGAGCGAUGUCAGUGACUUUGGUUCGUCUGCGGAUCUCCUCAUUUCUGAUUCGAGUGACUUUGGUCCUUUUAAUAAGGCCCAUAGUCAGCGACCAAGUCUCGGAUCGGAUCCACUGGCAACACGCACUGUUCGAAGACUUUCGUCUUCAGGCACUGAGGAAUUUUGGAAAAUUAUGUCCUCUAA